UUUCGGAUAGUUCCGAUAAGAGGUGAAUUGUACAGCUUGAUUACUAAGGUCCUGCCUUUUGUGUGAAGUAUUAAAGAGUCUGCCUCCUUGUUUUUGCGUUUAAAAUGAGCUUCUCUGUCGAAAAUACAGAAUUAAUAGGGUACACAUAUUCAUCUCUAUAAAUUCUCGUAAUUCAUGUACCUACCUAGGUAUUUAACGACGGCUGAAAUAUGAAAUAGUGUAAGGAGAACAAAGGGUAGCGGAUAGUUAUCCGAUUGAGAUUAUGUAAGCAGCGGAUAGAUCCGAAAUUAGAAUAAAACCGGAGACCUUCCGAAUUCUCGAUUCUUUCCUUCCUUCCAUUACUCUCCUCACUCGGACCCAUUCCGAGCGGUAAAGAACUCCGAAGCCAAUUAAAUCGGCCCAACCUCCGAAAGAUAAAUACGACUGCCGUAAUCCGCUAGAUAUAUCAAAGGAACCCGGGCUUCUUCAAACAUGUCGGAUAGCACACAAUAUUAUCGCGUUUAUAAACUUAAGUCGAAGGUCUCUGUUCCGGACCCUGACAUCGUCGGAGAAAGAUUCCAUCAUAGCAUCUUUGUUGAAUCAAAUGCAGACGGGUCCGGAAUGAAGUUCCAUGUUACAGGUGACAUUACGGCAGGCAUGAAGUAUGAAAUUCAAGAGCGCUUCAAUCCCGACGGUGCCGAUAUGGAGCAUACGAAAGAACCGCUUGGUUUUACCGAUCGGGGAACAUUUCCGAAACAAUGGGAUGAGAUUCUUAGUCAGCAAGCACCCCCUCCGAAGCAAAAAGCCUUCAACAUCAAAACACUGAAGACAGAACCUGUUAAAACGUGGGAGCCUCUUACAUUCUAUGCACCCGGGGAGCAACGUGAGCCCUUGUGGAAAUGCACUGAAUGGACGGAAUACCAAGCCUUACCGGCUCUGUACGACGCAGGCCUCAUCGUACAACUGUCGGCCCACACAUCCGGAUCAUGACAGAAGAGCAUCGGAAAAAAGGUUCGCUAUUUCUUUCAUACAUGAGAGAUAUGAAUACUUCUACAUUUGGAUUGGGCAAUGGAUCGUUUCUAAGUAACAAUCUAAAGACA